AUGGCGGCGCCUACUCCCACCAGUGGUGGCAGCACAUUGCGGUUGCCCGAGACACUCAUCAUCGACCUUGCGCCAGGCAUUGCCGCGCGGCCCCGUCUCGGCGUCGACGUAGCGGCCUACCUUCCAGGUCUUCAAGUGACGCGCUUGGACCAUCUUGGAUGCCUGCCCAAACGCGAGCCCAGCUCCACGACGUCGGAUGAGUCGGAGGCAACAUCGGUGAAUUCUCACUGCUUUAACGGGGAGAGCAAUUUCGCUCCAACGUCGCCGCCACCCACCCUCACCAUGACAUCCCUCCUCGGGGAUGGCGCCUCGUCAGACUGUUAUGCGUCUACCUCGUUGUCGCACGCCCUUGCAGUCAAGGUAUGCGUUCCGCAGCUGGUCGAGGAGCACGUCCACUACGGAGAAGACUGCUUGUGUCCGCCGAACAAACAGUUCCCGCCGAGUAUCAAGUGGACGAUCCAGACUCGCGAGGCCAUGGUGCACGAGGCACACAUCUAUGCCCAGUGCGAGCGUGCGGGCUUGCAAGGCGUCGUUGUACCGCGACAUUAUGGGCUGUACUCGGGCACAGCCGAGACCGCGAGGGGACAAGUCGAGGUGCUGGUCAGCGUCCUCCAGGACGCAGGACCGAGUCUGGGCGGGGUGGGCACAGACGCGUCGUUCAAGGAUCGCCGUGCCAUUCGAGACCUGUAUACCUCGCUGCAUGCAGCCAACAUUGUGCACUCCGACCUGCACAUGCGCCACAUUCAUCGCCCGGCAUCUGCUGGUGGCGACUUUCCAAGUGGCUUCUGUAUCAUUGACUUUGACAACUCGUUCUUUGAGCGCGAGAGCGAGGGGACAAAGGAGCGUGAUCGGGAACGUGCCCGUGUGGCGGAGAUGCUCAAGCUGCCGCUGCCUAGUCCCGUGUCCAAGGGGAAGAACGGGUGGCGGUCGAGCUGA